CCGACAACACACAUUUGUUGUUGGAAUUUUUUUAUAGGCUGCAGGCGGUGGAGAUGAAUGCUGUAUCUGUGCCUCGCGGGGACAAUAACACACCAUAAUUACACACACAGACCAGACUAGACUCGAGUAAACAGAAAAUAAGAAUUGCACCGGAAAUUGAUCUUCUUGAACUGGUUUCUGUUGAGACUCGUUCCUAGCGGAGGAUAUCGCCUCCCAUGAUGACUGCAGGGGUUGUGUGAUUGUGACCAAUGAAGAUUUGAUGCUUCGAAUUCAAAAAGGAGAAAACAAAGUCCCAUAGAACAGGUUUGUCCACAUUGUUGGAUGGCGCUGAAGGACGGGGCUGCUAGUGAUAUCGCUGGUCAGUCGUGUGAGUAAGGGAGCCGAGCGGAGGAAAACGAUGGACAAUGCUCAAUAUCUCAUUGGCUUUCUACUCCUGGCCGAGUAUUCCACAUCUGUGGUCUCUGACUGCGGCGCGCCAGUCAUCGGCAGUCGGAUCGUUGGUGGAACGGAUGCAACUGAAGGAGCUUGGCCCUGGCAGGUCAGUCUGCAACAAGACGGCACCCAUGUUUGUGGGGGCUCCCUGAUCUCCAACCAAACUGUACUGUGUGCCACCCAUUGCUUCGAAAGUUCGAAAAACCCAUCAGACUUCACAGUUGUUCUGGGGGCGUACCAGCUUCAGAACAUCGGUUCUCAGCAGCUUGUAUCCAAUGUGCAGAGUAUCACCGUGGACUCUCAGUGGAGUGGCGACGGGACCCCCGGAGACAUCGCGUUGAUCAAACUCUCCGACCCCAUCACUUAUACCAAUUACAUUCUUCCCGUGUGCGUGCCACCAUCAUCCAUGGACUUCCCAGAGGGCAUGACUUGCACUGUGACCGGAUGGGGUAACGUCGGCAGUGGCGAGCCGCUGUCAUCUCCAAAAACCCUCCAGCAGUUGACGGUGCCAAUUAUCAGCAACAGCAAUUGUAAUGCGAUGUACCACAUUGGUGCCGACUCCGAUGCCAGUGCAGUCAUUGUCCCCAGUGACCAGAUCUGUGCCGGGUACGCGGCUGGAAAACAAGAUUCCUGCCAGGGAGACUCUGGAGGUCCUCUAGUCUGUAACGUUGGUGGUCGCUGGUACCAGGCUGGCAUCGUCAGCUGGGGAGAGGGAUGUGCCGCACCUAACCGGCCGGGAGUUUACACUUAUGUCCCUUAUUAUUAUGACUGGAUCCAGGCGAAUGGAAACCCUCCUUUUGCUUCAUCUAUGUCUGUUUUGAUUGCAUCCCUGCUGCUGAUACUAACUUUAUUUUUGAUGCAAAGCAUGCCCACUAGUUGUCAUGGGAUUGGCGGGGACCGGAGGAGAGGUCAGUGGGCAGUGCCAUUACAUCACUUCCGGUAUUCUGGUAUCUGGAGCGCGUGUGGGGGCCUCAUAAAGGAGCAGCGCCAACCAUUGAAGAAAAAGUCCGAAAGAACAGGUCUGUUCACAUUUUUAAAUGCAGCUGAAGACGGGUCUUCUAGUGAUGUCCCUGUUCAGUCAUAUGUGAGUAAGGGAGCACAGAAGAGGAAAAUCAUGGAGGGCAUUACAUAUCUCAUUGGCUUUCUACUCCUGGCAGUGUAUCCCACAUCAGCCCAGUCUUACUUCACCACAUCGGCCCAGUCCAACCUCACCCUAUCAAGCCAGCCAGCCUGUGGCAGGCCACUCUUUAAGAGCCGGAUAGUUGGUGGUACAGACGCAACUGAUGGAGCUUGGCCAUGGCAGAUCAGUCUGCAAUACCAGGGCUCCCAUAUUUGUGGGGGCUCCCUGAUCUCCAACCAAUGGGUAUUGUGUGCUGCCCAUUGCUUUCAAUGGUCUACCAACCCAUCAGACUAUACGGUUGUUCUGGGCGCUUACCAGCUGCAGAACUCCAAUUCUCACCAGAUUACGUCCAAUGUGCAGAGUAUGUUCAUAAACUCCCUGUGGAGUGGUGAAACGAGCCCUGGAGACAUCGCAUUGAUCCAACUUUCCAGCUCCAUCACUUACACUGCGUACAUUCUUCCCGUGUGCCUGCCACCAGCAUCCAUGUAUUUCCCAGAGGGCAUGAACUGCUGGGUGACUGGAUGGGGUAACGUCGGGAGUGGUGAGCCGCUGUCGUACCCACAAACCCUCCAGCAGGUGAUGGUACCACUUAUCAGCAACAGUAAUUGUAACAAAAUGUACCACACUGAUACCAACCUGAAUGUCUCCAGUGACCAGAUCUGUGCCGGGUAUCAGGCUGGGUACAAAGAUUCCUGCCAGGGAGACUCCGGAGGUCCCCUCGUCUGUCAAGUUAAUGGUUGCUGGUACCAAGUUGGCAUCGUCAGCUGGGGAUAUGGAUGCGCUGAACCUAACCGGCCCGGAGUUUACACCUACGUCCCUGACUAUAAUUACUGGAUCUCUUCCAUCGAAGCCACUCAGUCUGUCUCAUCUGCGUCUGUGAUGACCGCGUCCCUGCUGCUAGUACUAACUUGCUUACUGCUGCACAAGUAAAGGACAUUGGCUGUGGAAUGGGUGAAUAAGCUGCCAUUUUAAAAGGUGCAGUGUUUAAAUGAAAACAUAUUAACCACUUAAGACCCGGACCAUUAUGCAGGUUAAGGACCUUGCCCCUUUUUGCGAUUCGGC